AGGCCUGUAAAGAUGUUAAUGUGGUGGUCAGCUGGUUUACUUCUUGGAUGCAUUGUACUUGGAGCAGACGGGUGGCCAGCCAAGGAAGGAUAUGACUUUAGGCCCUAUCAGCCUUUAGUAAGAUUACGUCACAAGCAGGAAAAGAAUCAGGAAAUCUCAAGAAAUAAAGGUUAUAUAGGUCAAGAUGGCCAUUUUGGAUCAUGUGAAAACAAGUAUUGUGGCCUGGGUAGACAUUGUGUUGUAAAUGGAGAGACUGGCCAGGCUGAGUGUCUAUGCAUGGAACACUGCAAACCACAUUACAAGCCUGUGUGCGGUUCUGAUGGAGAAUUCUACGAAAACCAUUGUGAAGUGCACAGGGCUGCCUGUCUGAAAAAGCAAAAGGUCACUAUUGUGCACAAUGAAGAUUGCUUCUUCAAAGGGGAUAAAUGCAAACCUACUGAAUACACCAAAGUGAAAAAUACCUUACUGGAUCUACAGAAUCGGAAAUACAUUGCACAAUCGAAAGAUAAAAUCGUUGAUGAGAAAAUGGCUUUAAAGAAACUUCUGGUAGAUCAAAUGUUUAAUUAUUUUGAUUCAGACAGCAAUGGACUUGUGGACACUAAUGAAUUAUCUCAGGUAAUAAAACGAGAUGAGCUUGGCAAGGAUCUUUCUGACUGCUCUCUGUUUGAUUUGCUGAAAUACGAUGAUUAUAAUAGUGACAAGCAUCUAGCUCUGGAAGAAUUCUAUAGAGCUUUCCAGGUAGUUCGGCUGAGUCUGCCUGAAGAUCAAAAACUAAGCACCACUACAGCAACGGUGGGACAAAGUGCUGUUUUAAGUUGUGCAAUCCAGGGGACUCUCAGACCUCCCAUCAUCUGGAAGAGGAACAACGUCAUUCUGAACAGCUUAGAUUUGGAAGAUAUCAAUGAUUUUGGAGAUGACGGGUCCUUGUACAUUACUAAGGUUACCACAACUCAUAUGGGAAAUUACACUUGCUAUGCUGAUGGCUAUGAUAAGCUCUAUCAAACUCAUAUUCUCCAAGUGAACGUUCCACCAGUCAUUCGGGUCUAUCCAGAAAGCCAGGCAAGGGAGCCAGGUGUGACAGCUAGUCUUCGAUGUCAUGCUGAAGGUAUUCCCAACCCACAACUUGGUUGGCUGAAGAACGGAAUUGAUAUCACUCCAAAGCUAUCCAAACAGCUAACUCUUCAAGCAAAUGGUAGUGAGGUUCAUAUUAGCAAUGUGCGCUAUGAAGAUACAGGAGCAUAUACUUGUAUUGCAAAGAAUGAAGCAGGGGUAGAUGAAGACAUUUCUUCUCUUUUUGUAGAAGAUUCUGCUCGAAAGACCCUUGCAAACAUAUUGUGGCGAGAACAAGGUCUGGCAUGGGAACAUGUUUAUGUUUUUUAUGAAGAUGGCAUCAUAAUACAACCAGUGGAAUGUGAAUUUCAGAGACAUAUUAAGCCUAGUGAAAAACUCCUCGGUUUUCAGGAUGAAGUUUGUCCCAAAGCAGAUGGAGAUCCUGUACAGCGAUGUGUAUGGGCGACUGCUGUUAAUGUAAAGGACAAGUUCAUCUAUGUAACUCAGCCCACACUUGACAGAGUUCUUAUUGUUGAUGUACAGUCUCAGAAAGUUGUUCAGGCAGUAAGUGCAGAUCCUGUUCCAGUGAAACUACAUUAUGAUAAAUCACAUGAUCAAGUCUGGGUGCUAAGCUGGGGAAACAUGGAAAAGAAUUCACCAACUUUGCAGUUUAUAAUGAUAUCUACUUUAUGCAGGUGAUAACACCAAGCCAGUGCAAGUGUUUCUCAUCACACGAUCCAUACUCAGCCAGUGGGAAAACAGUUUGACAGAGUGGAUGACUUUUUCAUUCCAUCUACAACCCUCACCAUUACCAUAUAAGGUACGUUUGAGUUUGGAUUUAUUCUUCACAAGGAUGAGCCCACGCUCCAGAAAAUUGAUCUAGAAACUAUGUCGUACAUCAAGACAAUUAAUUUAAAGGAUUAUAAUUGCAUUCCUCAGUCACUGGCUUAUACACAUCUUGGGGGACUUAUUUUUACCUGCUGUAAACCUGAUACCACUGGGGCUGUCCUACCACAGCUUAUAGUGGAUAGCGUUACUGAUUCUGUCAUUGGAUACAAUGGUGAUGUAACAGGCACGCCAUAUAUCUCUCCAGAUGGACACUACCUUGUCAGCAUUGAUGAUGCAAAAGGUCUCAUGAGGAUCCAGUCCAUCACAAUGAGAGGAGAAAUACAGGAUGCUUUUGACAUUCACACUAAUCUGCACAUAUCUGAUGUAGCUUUUCAGCCAUCAUUCACUGAAGCUCAUCAAUACAAUGUCUACUGUAGCUCCAGCACACAAACUGAUGUUCUCUUCGUGGAGCUGUCCUCUGGCAAGGUUAAGAUGGUGAAGAGUCUGAAGGAGCCUGUCAAGGCAGUGGAAUGGCCUUGGAACAGUAAGAAUCGUCUUAUAAAAGACAGUGGCCUUUUUGGUCAGUAUCUCAUGACCCCUUCCAAGGAAUCUCUGUUUAUCCUGGAUGGACGGCUCAAUAAGUUAAAUUGUGAGAUCACUGAAGUUGAGAGAGGCAACACAGUGAUUUGGGUUGGAGAAGCAUAAGGAUCUGUGUUAGAUAUUUACUGAAUUAAUAGUUUUACAGUACAUUGCACUUAAAUUACACUAUUCUUCAAAUUUAUACAAUUUUCAUUUGAAAUUGUUAGACCUUUCUAUACCUGUUAUUUGACUAACACAAUUUGAAUCAACUUCCACUUCAAAGUUACUGAAAUAAUGGCUACUUGAUGGUGGUACUCCUUAAUUAUGAGCUGAGAUUGUAAUGUUUGACUGAACUUAUUAAAUAUUGAAAUUGAUGCUAAAUAUUUUUCAGUACUUUAAAUGAAGUAUAGAAAUAAACCCCAAAAGCUUCAGGAAAUUUAAUAUGAUAUGUUGCAUCUGUAAAUGGAAGACUUAAAAGUGAUUAAAGUUUUGGGUUUGUUUGCUUCAGACACAAAAUAAGAGCUAUUGUACAACCUUUGACUGCUUAAACUGAAAUGUUAUGUCCUGUUCUGUCCGGUCCACUGUUUCAUAUUUUUGUGCCUUGAAGCUAAAGUUUCAAAUGAAAGGUAAAGAACGGAAAUUGUAUAAUUGAUUCCCACUGUGGCUAUAAGAUUGCUUGUUCUUAGAAAGAAACUUUUGGUAUCAAAUUUCUAGUUACAAUUUGUGGAACAUACAUGGAGAGGAAAAAAAGGAGAAAUUAUAUUUGCAGAGUUUUCUGAUCACUGCAGUUUGAUGAUUUUAUUUUUUAUGGUGAAUCUUCGUUGAGAGAGCUGCCUGCAGAAGCUUAACCUUUUUUUAGAGAAAAUAGAAGUUAGAUUUUUCAGCAACCACAAGGUUUCAUCAGCAGGGAGUUGCAGUUCUGCUAAAGAGAAAUAUUGCACUUAUCCUUUCAGAGUAAACCAUGUUCUAAAAACCUUGCAUCACAAAGCUUCACUUAUAUUAUCAAGGAAACUGUUAUGUAAAAUCAAACAAAAUGCAUAUUAAGAAACUGAAAAUGCAAAGAACUGAAGUAUACAACUGCUAGAUAACAUUUUUGCUUGUGCAUCGUACCAUUUACCUGUAUUUGUUAACCCAUUUGGUUAGCUCAACAAGUUUUCUAUUACAUGUAUCCAAUUAGAUUAGUGCAAAAAAAAAAAAAAAAGGACAACAAAAACUUUGUAUUUUUUUAUAGUUUGUUUACUUAGAAUUCUAAUAUUAAAAAUGUUUGAACAUGUAAAUGGUAAAAAUAAGAUUCCAAGAGGUAGGAUCAGAAAGCCAGCAGUAAACAACUAUCCAGGCUUGGACCAAUGACUUAAAAGUUUGGAAGUAUUUUUAUUUUUCUUAUGUUUUUGCUAAAAAAUGCUUAUAAGCUAUUAAACUGACCUCCAUUUACUUAAGGCAAUCAGAAAAAAAUAUCUUUUUUAAACAAAAUUUUACUGCAAUUUAGAUUGUGUAAAAUUGCUUAGAAAUCUGGAAUUUUCUAGCAUCGUAAUCUCGUGUGCAUUUAGCAGUCUGCCCUGUGUGGUAUAGUAGAUCUCUCUUUAGCUUGAGCAAACUUCCUGGGAGGUAGAUGUAACUCAGACAAGAGUCUGCUUACGUUUCUAGAAACUGAAUGUUUUCCUUUUAACAACUUUUCUCCAUUGUGAACAAACAAGCUUUAUGUAAACCGUCUGUUAUUCACUUAUUUGCAAUAGGCUUUCUCAUGCAUUUUUCUUCUGUAACUUACACCAUGUGAAUGUUCUGUAUGUAGAAGAUGCUUGACAAAAGGAGAAUAAACCCCAUAAAUUUUAAACAGUCCUGACUUUGGUGAAUGUUCCAAUGUAG